GUUUGACAGUCUGGUUGAGGCCGCAGAAAAACUGAGCGCAGCUUCGUCUCUGCGGAUUUUCGUUUUCUGCGGCACAAAACUGCGGCUGCGCCCGGACAGACACCCGAGACCACAGUCCGAACCGGACCGAGCCGAACAAAGCCGAGCCGGGACCGAACACAGACAGACGGCCUCGUCUCCUCCCGCAGAGCCGAGCCAGCCUCCAUCACCGUGGGGGAGGGGUGCAGCGAGCCCAGGAUCAGUGAUGCCCGUCGUCCUGUGAGGUGGAUCCAACAUGGCGUCCCCGGCGCUGAAGGCGUGCCUGUGUGUGCUGCUGCUGCCUGCUGUCACCGGUCUGCAGUCCAGUGAUGCUGAGGACAGACUGUGUGCUUUCAGCAGUAACCCCCAGGGGGUGGAGCCUGUUCCUGCCAAUGAGCAGCGAGGAGUGGUGCUGGAGAACGGCACGAUCCGCUGCAGCCACGGCUCCCGCUGCUAUGGAUUGUGGGAAAAAAAAGCUGAUGGAGAAAUGCACCUGCUGACCCAAGGGUGUUGGACUCACCUGCACGAGUGUCAAGCCGACCGCUGUAUCCUGGUAACGCAGAAAGGCAGCUAUCGCUUCUGCUGCUGCAGCCACGACCUCUGCAACGAAAACUACACCGAGGCCCCGCCCACCGCCGACACACCCGCUCUGAAACCAAUGAGGACGGACGGCCGGGCGGAACAGACAGAUCACCAGCUGACGCCAGAGGUGACGGUGCUCAUCGCCCUGGUAACCAUCGCCAUAGCAGCCAUCCUCAUUGUGGCGCUGUUCCUGGGAUACCGCAUAAUAAAACGGAAGCAGAAACACAGUCUGUCUGCUGUGGAUGUGAUGGAGGCGGCGAACGCCGAGUCCUCCAUCGACCUCGACAACCUGAAACUGCUGGAGCUGAUUGGUCGAGGCCGUUACGGCGCAGUGUUUCGCGGUUCUCUUAACGAGCGCUGCGUGGCUGCCAAACUCUUCGCCUCAGCUAACCGACAGAACUACGUCAACGAGCGCUCCAUCUACUGCGUGCCGCUGCUGCAGCAGCACGACAACAUUGCCCGCUUCCUGACCGCGGACGAGAGGACGACGGCAGACGGACGCCCCGAGUUUCUGAUCAUCAUGGAGUACUACCCACACGGCUGCCUGUCUCACUACCUGUCUCUCCACACUGUGGACUGGCUGACCUGCUGCAGGAUGACUCACGGCGUGACCAGAGGCCUCGCCUUCCUGCACACUGAGCUGCACCGAGGAGACCAGCACAAACCGGCCGUCGCCCACAGAGACCUGACCAGCAGGAACGUCCUGGUCCGAGCCGAUCUGUCCUGCGUCCUCGCCGACUUCGGCCUGUCCAUGAGACUGACGGGACCCCGGCCCUGUCGCCCCGGAGACGACGACACCAUGGCCAUAUCUGAGGUGGGGACAGUGCGCUACAUGUCUCCGGAGGUUCUGGGCGGAGCUCUAAACCUCAGAGACUGCGAGUCGGCGCUGAAGCAGGUGGACAUCUACGCUCUGGGUCUGCUGUACUGGGAGAGCUUCAGGAGGUGCUCCGACCUGUUCCCAGGGGAAGCCGUGCCAGAGUACCAGCUGGCGUUCCAGGCCGAGCUCGGGAAUCAUCCGAGCUUCGGGGACAUGCAGAGCCUGGUGGUCAGAGAGAAAUACAGACCCAGAUUCCCCGAGGCCUGGAAGGAGAACAGCCUGUUACUGCGCUCGCUGAAGGAGACGAUGGAGGACUGCUGGGAUCAGGACGCUGAGGCUCGGCUCACCGCUCAGUGUGCAGAGGAGAGGCUCUAUGAACUCACACUGCUGAGUACACACACUGCAGUACACAACCACAGGAAUCUGUCUCAUGGCCGGUGGCCUCCUCACGGUGGCUCCGCCUCCCCCUUCAUUGAGGAUCUUCAUGUGGGCGUGGUCAGAAAUCUCCAGGGAGAUGACCACCAGGCAUCAGUCAUCAAGACGACUGUGAAUGGAGCAGAAGGCGGCGAGAAGAACAGGAACUCUAUCAACUACGAAUGGCAGCAGGCGCAGGCUCGGCUGUCCACAGACAGCAGCGUGUCCACCACCACCAUCCUGACCCCGCCCACCUUACUCUGCACCAUCUCUGAAACUCAGCACACAGGUGGCGCCGUGCCCAGUGUCCCAGUCUGCCUGCAUCUCACAGAAGAAGACCUGGAGGCCACAAAGCUCGACCCCAGAGAGGUGGAUAAGAACCUGAGGGAGAGUUCUGAUGAAAACCUGAUGGAGCACUCACAGAAGCAGUUUGGCUCCGAAUCACAACCCACCAACGUGCUGCACCAUCAGGUGAACAGCUCACCAUCCACCUCUCAUGGUGGCCUGCAGGCUGUUAGAGGUGUAGAUAGCCCUCCUUCCUCCAUCCACCCACUCCCCAAACAGCAGAAUCUGCCUCAGAGGCCCACCAGUCUCCAUCUGCUGCCCAAAGUCAAGGAGAGCGGCUUCACCUCGUCACGGCUGAAGCUGGGGAAGUUCAAGUCCAACCACCGACAGGUGGAAACAGGUGUUGCCAAGAUGAACACAGUGACGGUUGCUAUGGCUGCAGAACCACACCUGGUAACCACGGUUACUAACAGCACAAACGUGAGAAGCAGCGCUGCGGCUGGAAAAGAGGUCCAGCCUAUCACAGCGGCCGGCAGCAGUCACAGCGCAGGCGUCCCCACCCUGGUGACGAACGGUGUGAUAGGCGGAGGUCGAACCAAUCCGGCGGGACCGCAGACGGAGGAAGAGGAGGGGACCAUGGAUGGAGGGAUGAGGGGAGGAGAAGACAGCCGUUUGAAUCUGCUCAACUUCAGUCCUGAUGAACAUGAACCUCUGCUGAGCAGAGAGCAGCUUCCUGCUGAGAGCGAAGCCCCUCCUCCUGCUCGUCAUCGUCACAGCCGCGCUGGAAGCAUCUUAUCGGGCCGAGGCUCGAACUCCAACAACAACAACAACCGGCUAGCCCUGGCUUCAUCAGCUGACCCUCCCCCAACUUCUGAUCUGGAACAUAAGGUUCAACUUUCUGCUCCUUCUGGUCUCCUUUCACCCAGCAAAGCCCUCUUACUGCAGGCCCCUCCCACCACCCACAGUCAAAGCGAAGGUGUGGAUACAGGUCUGUGUUUCCAGGAAGACUCUGAAACCACGUCGACCCCCAGAUGUGCCCAAAACUCAAAAGGUCAACCAGUCCGUUGUGUCACCGCCGCUUUGCCCCGAGGCUGCAAAGAUUCUGACUUAACAAAAGCUGAAAAAGACAAAGUUCCCUCAGUAACCCAGGCCUCACCAGCACCCGACGCCCCAACAGAAGCAUUAAUCCUCCUUCAGAAACCUUCAUCACCAGAAACUCCAGGAGCUUCGUCUCCAGAGGAGCAAACCCUCGAAGCUUUGGGAUCUGAAGAUUCAGACACCACAGCUCCUGCAGAAGCUUCAGGUGCACAACUUGCAGGUCUCCAAAGUUCAGCUUUAGAGCCACAAACAGCAGGUCUGCUGCGAUCCCAGGUGGGACAGACCAAAGCCAGAAGACCUGAGCGGCCCUGUUCCCUGGACCUGUCCUCUCCCUGCACCUCCUCAGAUGAUGCUUUGGUGGUGGAUAACGGCAGUCUGAGCGCCUCAGGGGAGAAAAUCAAGCGUCGGGUCAAGACUCCAUACACCCUGAAAAAAUGGCGCCCGGCCUCCUGGGUGGUUUCCACAGAUACGGCUCUUGACCCGGACUUCGAGUUUGACGCCAGUAGCAGCCACAGCAGCCAGAACCAGUUCUCGUCCGGUCUUUGUAGAGCAGGAAGUGUCGGCAUCCCUAAAUUAAACCAGUCCAAAUCCAGCAUGGCCGUCUUUUUGGUUGGAAGCGGCGGCACGGCGACCACCACCUCUGAGCCCGACGGGAUGACCUGCUUCUAAAGUGAUCCGAAGUUUGCUUUUCUUUAAGAUCUCAUUAAUUUUCUUGCUCUUUGUCUUCCUCUUCUUUUGUUGUGGAUAAACGAGACGGUAGCUGAUACCUGUGAGGCCCCCGCAGCUCCAAACCAGAACCAAACCCCGCAGAGCCGACUCGGAGCUGGAUGCAAAAUCCGUCCCUCUGCAGGAACUUUUCAUCAAAUGACAGAAUUUUCUAGUAUGUGUUUGUUCAUGGACAGGACCUGUCCUGUGAUCAGCUGACCUCUGACAUGUUACCUAGAUCAGGUUACCUGUGAUGACCAAACAGUGGUGGUGUUGGUGAUGAGGCCAAAUGAUUCUUCUGUGGCUGGUGGGUGUGGUCAGCUGUUUGUAGGGGGUGGGCUUGAUCUACAGGAAUCUCUGUUGGAUAAGUGAAGGAAUUCCUUUCCGGAAUACUUUCAGGCUUCGAAGGACUAGUUGUAGCUGCGAGCCUAGAGAUCUCAUUUGGUGUCCAAAUGAAAGAAGCUUCCAGCUCCACAGACUCACCCCCAGCUCAAGAAUCUGAGUAUCUACAGUCUGUCGCCUCUUUAUCUCUGCAGGUGUGUCACUGACCCUGUCGUAGGACUGAAGUGUCUCCAGCUGUGACUGUCAGUGUGGGUGGAGGUUUUCCCUCAUGUUUCCUGUUGUGAGUAGGAUGUGGCCGGCUGCUGAAGGGCAUGGCCGAGAGCUCGUCGUAGGUCUGAGUGAGACAUUCCCUUUGAGUUCUUUAGGCUUGUUUUCCUGCUGUGUCCUGUCCCACAGAGGGAUCUGGAUGCACUCAGUAUCAUCUUCUUUCACUUAUAACCGUUUGUGCUGCUGCUGCAGGACGUUGUACAGGACUAACUGUAACUGUUUGGGUCUGACGUGGAUCAGGGGUCGUCCUCCCUGAGAGCUCGAUGCUGGCUGAGGCCUGAACCCAGCACAGACUUAAGAACUUCCCUGCUUUGGUAGAAAGGUUCAUGCACCUCUGGGCUGGUAGUGCAGGUAGUCUGAAUGACCAGAGGUGAUGUUAUCAAAACAGCAGUCAUAUCUUUAUGCACUUUAACAAUGACAUUUAUUUAGGGACAGACCUUAUAAAGGAUACCUGGUGCAAUUUUAGCAGUAACAUUGACGUAUGUAGGACGUCGUGUCGGUGUUGGUGUGUCUUUGUGCAGUAAUGGUGUGAUCUGAAGAAACAGUCAAUCUAGCUAUGCAGCUGCUCACGAUGCCUCCUGUUGACGGUCUGUUUGGUUCAAUGUGCAACAGAUCGACAACCUUACUGUUGGAGAACCUUUAUUCUUUUUUAUCCGCACUUUGUUUUACCAAACAGUCUCGACUGCCUUCAGAGGUCUGCUGCAGUCAGCGCUGGAGAAAAGACGAGCCAGCGUCCCGUGGACUUUAUUAAACCUCGUGACCUGCGAAACCUCGGCCAUGUACGACCUUCUCAGGUAACAACACUGACGUCAGCAGGAACACCUGUUUGCUUUGUAAAAUGAUGAGCAGGAGAUGAAACGAGGAGAAGAGGAGGACGCCUCUGAAGGACAGAAAUGCUGUCUGACAGCAGCCAUCAGACUGUACAGCUCAGACUUUGUUCCUGCUCAUCACAACACGUUAGGUCACGUCUCAUUUCCUGUUCCACAUCCAAGUAAACGCUUCCAUCCUUUCAGUUUCAGACCAAAGGUGUAGCUGCUUCGAGCUGGGUGGAGGUCCGUGUGUAGGCUGUUAACACGUCACUUUCGUUUUGACUGUUCCAGGAAAACCAAAUGUACUCACGUUUUACAUGCUAAAACAUCUCUGUGCUUCUCGAAGAACAUAUAUGCUAACAAACACUACUGCUACAUCGUUACAGCAAGUAAAUAAGCUCCGCCCAUCAAAGACGUGGGUUUAUCAGACCUAUCGGUCCUUGGGCGCAGCUCAUCAUUGAGCAUUGAGCACGUAUGUUCUGCUGAUUUCCAUUUGAUGUGUGCUCCUCGCAGCAGAGUUCAUGUAAACGUGGGCUUUGGAGUUUUACAGAAACAGGAAGGAAACAGAACUCUGCUUUCUUUGUCUUUAUUUUUAUUUGACUUUGUGUUUCAGUUUUUUAUACCAAACUGACUCUUUGCUCCUGUUUCUCCGAAUGUUUCGAUUUUUUAUAAAUGCACGUGUAACCUUUUACAUUUAUAUGUAUUUAUGUGACACUUCUCCUUUAAAUGUGCACUUACUACAGCAAGUUAUUCACAUUUAGCACAUUUCAAACUAACAAUAUUACAGCAUCAGUGCAGUCGGCUGAAAUAUGAUCAUACUGUUAACUUUUAUUGAUGCCUUUCAAAAUGAUCUGUUUUGUUAUGUCUGUGUUUUAUACCGUUUGUACUGUUUUUAGAUGCUGAUGUGUGUAUACUGUGUGGGUCAUAUCAUGCAGCCUGACCGAGUCCAGGACUAGAUGUAGAUCUCUCACACUUACUGACUGAACCUGAUUAACAAAUAUGAAAGCAGCUUUCCGGAACCGGUUUUAACUAACAGAUAAAUAAUUAGUGAUCAUUUCCAGAGAACAAAGGCCACUAACUCGCUCAGACUCACUCUCUCCAGCCUCGAUUAAAGAGCGAACCUUCAGAAAACACGCUCUAUCAGCUUGAAGAAGAAGUUCUUCUUUUUUUUUCUGUCCAGAAAACCACGUCGGUCUCUGUGGUGUUACCACCACCUCUGUGUGACGUAGCAUUGGCUGAACAGCGCCCCCUGUGCCCACACGUGGUAAUUACAGGUUUCGAAACAACAUGAACCAGCAACAAGCAACUCCGUGUCAGAUGUGUUUCAGUAGAAUAAAACUGGUUUGUGUAUACGGACUUUGGCUUAAAGCUAGCCAACAGGAAAAAGGCUGCCUGCGAUUUUAUUUUACAGUUAUGAAGCUCCCGCUGCGUUUCUGUGCGGCACACAAACGUCUCUCGAUCGUUUCCUCUCGUGAUGCUUGCCAGCUGAGCGAUAGCCUCACAGGUAAAAGGAUUUUUGACGCUGUGACUUACAGCGUCUGAGUGGUGAUGUCAUCGUUUCAGAGAACAACAGAGAGGUUAGCAUAGCGCUGAGCUCCAUCGUUACCGCAGACAGUAUAACAGACGGAAGUGAUGUCGCCCGCUGAUGUCUGAAGCCUCUAGAUCUGCGUGUGACAUUUUGAAACCAAGUGUGACAAAAAGGGGCGGGUCUGACUGAUACCGCUCACUCAUUGGCUAACAAUUUCUGAGCAAAAGUUUAAAAAAAUGAAUAAAUUAUAACAUGAAUUUAAAUUUUUAUUCAGCUUGACGUGAAACAAUUGAUGGAGCUCAAACUCGUUGGGGAAGUAUUUACAGAGGUCACAGGACAGGAAGUCUUGUUGCACCCACAGCUGUUGCCCCCUGGUGGCCUUUAAAAUGAGUGCAGGUUUAAGGCAUUUCUGCUCUGGCAGCAGUUUUCAGUUGCAUCCAUCUGUUAUACUGCCUGUGAGAGUUAGUAUGAGAUGUAAACCUUACAUUUAGAUCUGGUCUUGUUACUGAAGCACCUGCAGAAACAAUUGAAGCUGUGGACUGCUGGACGUUCUCCGUUCUCGUUGUGGCGUUUAGCUCGUGGCUAGUGCUGAUGCUGAGAAUGUGGCGCUGUACCGCCGCUGAGGUUCCCUUUAAAGUCUUUUGCUGUAGCUCAUGUAGUCCUCAUAAUGCUCCGAGAUUAAGCUCUCCACCUGUACAAACACAUUUAGAUGAACAUAUUCAGCACAUUUAGCCUGCUGCAUGAAGGAUCACGUGACUGAACUGAAGUUCUGUCAUUGGUCAGUUUGAACGUUCUGUGCUCCCGUGGUGGAGGAGUGGAUGAUUUAACCUGAUAACCAUCUGUGUGUAUGAUAGCUUCCAGUACUGUAAAUACUCUGUGUACGUUCAUAUGGGACCAACUACCACACUGUAUACUGUAUACAUGCUCACAGCACCUCCCACACAGCAUGCUGUACAAAGCUGCAGAUUAAAGCUGCUGCUUCAUGCUUCCAUCCCCACAUGUUGUAUCUCCAUGUAGACAUAAAGUAUCGCACGCUUCACUUCAUCAUGAAAUAAAGAGCAGAGGAUCCGUGUGUGCACAAGU